UAAAUCCGAAUUAAAUCAAAACUAUAAUUACGAGAUCCCGGUUCUUGAACUUCCCUUAACCGUUCCGACAAAGAAAAGAAAGCUUCAUUACAGUGUAAUCGUAGCGACGGCAGCUCUCACUAACUACCAUCAUGACGAUGCUCACCGUGUUCUUCUCAACAGCGAUUGUAACGAUUAUCGCAGUCCUUGCCUCCUUGAGUAGCCAAAAAGGCUCAGGCGUCUUCGCACCGCCUAAAAUCUCCGGCUCCCGCGAUGUUUUCCCGUCGGCGAAGGUGCUUAACCUCACCGGAGCCUCCGGUCCGGAGAGCAUAGCUUUCGAUCCGUCGGGUGAAGGUCCGUACGUCGGUGUCUCCGACGGUCGUGUCCUGAAAUGGCGCGGGGAGUCGCUUGGAUGGUCAGAUUUCGCUUACACCUCGGCGAAUAGGGAGAAGUGCGUUCGCCCGUUUGCACCAGAGUUGGAGCAUGUGUGUGGAAGACCAUUAGGAUUGCGUUUCGAUGAGAAAACCGGUGACCUUUACAUCGCGGAUGCAUACUUUGGCCUUAUGAUUGUUGGUCCUGCUGGUGGUUUAGCCAAAUCCUUGGUCACAGAAGCUGAAGGGCAACCGUUUCGUUUCACUAAUGAUUUGGACAUUGAUGAGCAUCAAGAUGUGAUUUACUUCACAGACACCAGCACCAGAUUCCAGAGAAGGCAAUUCUUGGCUGCUGUUUUGAACGUGGACAAGACAGGGAGGUUGAUAAAGUACGACAGAACAAGCAAGAAAGUGACGGUUUUAGUACAAGGCAUUGCGUUUGCAAACGGCGUCGCACUAAGCAAAGACAGGUCUUUUGUACUCGUAGCUGAGACCACCACUUGCAAGAUCCUAAGGCUUUGGCUCUCUGGUCCAAACGCAGGAGCACAAGACGUUUUUGCUGAGCUUCCUGGUUUUCCUGACAACAUCAGAAGAAACUCGAAUGGAGAGUUUUGGGUCGCUCUUCACUCGAAGAAAGGUCUUUUCGCUAAGCUCUCGCUCUCUCAGGCUUGGUUCAGAGACUUGUUGCUGAGAUUUCCGAUAAGCGGGCCGCGUCUGCACUCGCUGUUCACCGGAGGAAGACCUCAUGCGACGGCUAUGAAGCUGAGUGAAUCAGGAGAGGUUUUGGAGGUGCUUGAGGAUAGAGAAGGGAAGAGGUUGAGGUUUAUAAGUGAAGUGGAGGAGAAAGAUGGUAAGCUUUGGAUUGGUUCUGUUCUUAUGCCUUUUCUUGGUCUUUAUGAUUUGUAGUUUUCUACUCUGUUAAAUACUUAAAUGUCUGUGCUUCGUUAUAAUCUUAAAUAGCGUGGAUCAUAUUGUCACAAGUAUGUGUAUGUGACAUGGUUGUGAUAAUAAACUAUGUCUAUGUUCACGUUAACUCUCUCUUCCUUACGUCUAUCCAUAGUGUUUUCUAUGUACAUUAGACUUUAAGCACUCUGUAGUGAAACCAAUGAUAAUAUUAAUAAAACUGAGAAGUUUAUAAAGGUAAA